AGAUAAGGUUCACCUGAAAACCCCCUCUUCCAUCUCGUGCUAGAAAAGAAUAAAUAAACUGGUACCCUCUCUAGUUUUGUCACAACCUGGCACCUCCCUUCCAAGCACCUUUGAUCUAAGAAGACACACCUCGGGUCUACUCCUAAGAACACCUCCAUGGCUUCCGAGGCGGUUAUCAAACCCAUCGUCCAUCCUGAGGGAUCAGGCAUUGACUUCGGAGCCGUUGUCUCCAACGUUGAUAUCGAAAACCUUACUGAUGCCGACUUUGACGCUAUUCAUGACGCGCUUUUCGAGCACCAGGUUCUGGUCUUCAAGAACCAGAGUCACGUCUCUCCCAGAGCACAGUAUGAGAUGACGCAGAAGUUCGACCCCGCGGCCACAGGCUCGUACGGACAUGGCAAAACUCUAGACGCGAAACGCUCCGUCCUGCACCCCGACUUGAAGACCAUCCCGCACCAGCCACAAGUUCAAGUCAUCGGCAACGGCUUCGUCGAGGAGUAUGAAGGCCUGAAGAACAUUCACCUUCGCCACCCCCAUCACCGCAGCUUCCAUGCCACCGCUAUUCCUGCUGAAGACGAUCUGGAUUUCACACGGUUCUACAGAUGGCAUAUCGACGCUGCUCUGUACGGUCUCGCGCCUCCCAUCGUGACGUCCCUUCUCGCAGUGCGCGUCCCCGGCGGCCGUACUCAGACGGUUCGCUACGACGACGAUACUGGUGAUGAACUGACGGUCCCUCUGGGCACCACGGCUUUUGUAUCUGGCUACGCCAUGUACGACCUUCUCUCUCCUCAAGAACAAGAGUUCGUCCGCACGACCAGGGUCGAGUACGCCCCGCAUCCGUACGUGUGGAUGAGUGGCGCGAAGUCCCGCUCUGACGGCCUCGGCAUGCUUUCGGAGGACAGGGAGAUACCGUUGACGGACUUGCCGCCCAUCGAGGAGGCCAAGAUCCAGAUCCUGCCCAUGUGCUGGCGCAACCCGUGCACCAGCCGCCUUGCUUUGCAGGUUCAUCCGUCCGCUGUACGGAAGCUGCACUUGGCAGAUGGCACUGUGGUUGAGGACCUUGCCACGGUUCGUGACAUAGUCUACCGCCUCCAGCGACCAGGUAUCGCUCCUAAGAUGGUGUACGCGCACGAUUGGGAACAAGGCGACUUUGUUCUCUUCCAUAACCGUGGUCUGAUCCAUUCUGUCGUGGGUGCCUUUACAGAGCACGAAGUUCGUUUGUUUCGACAGUGCAACAUUGCUGCCAGUUACCUUCCUCAAGCGCCUUAGGUAAUUAUUGCGUCGAUUUUUCUAGUUAGUUUGCUUUGGUAUCUAUCUUAGCAGUAUCUCCAAGCCCAUUCCUU